AGGGGAAACACAGUGAUAUAGGAGCUGACCACCUCUCUCAUGCACUGGUCCUUGAGUCAUCAGGUGUGACCCCAAGCACUUUCUGGGUGCCGUGAUCACAGGGGCACACAGAAGAAAAAAAGAAUCAUCACCUUUAAGCCAAAAACAGUUCUCGGAGACAGGUCCUAUGGUGCCAGUGUGAAGAUAGGAUCCUUGACAAUCAGUAUAAGCCAGAAGAUAAAUUGUCCUAUAAACCUGAAAAGACAAUGUCUCAAAGCAGUUACUAUGAGUGCGAGAAGCGUGGUCACAGUUCAGGAUAUCCUUCUCGUUUGGGGGGGAACCAAACAGAGAUUGUGGGGGGCAAUCUCUGUGACCACGAGACCUCAGUGGAUUUGUCAACCUACAUUGAGACAGGAGAAGAACUCUUAUCUGAUCUAUUUCCACUGAAACAGGAAAGACUGAAAAUGACAUACUCAUACCUGCCACCUGAAGGGAUGUCCUCAACAGCACUGUAUGGAUAUCCACCCAGCAUGGCCCCUGAGCGCAGGUUGGGGGGAUAUGAAACCGGAGUUAUUGUGAAGGAAGAGACACGAGGACUUCACAGAGGUGUGUGUAACACUCUACAGUUCCAAGCAGCACAGUGUGCACAGUCAGCAGCGCACCUUCCUCCCCCUCUGGAGGGGGUACACCCUGCAUUACGGGUGAUCAAGGGCUCUUUCUCGGGGAUGAUGUCUUCUCCUCCUUUAAAGGACCCAAACUCUAAAGGGAAGAAAUGCAUUAGUAAGGACAGCCUUGAGUACCGCCUGCGCCGUGAGAGGAAUAACAUUGCUGUGCGCAAGAGCCGAGACAAAGCCAAACGCCGGAACCUAGAAACUCAGCAGCGUGCGUUGGAAUUCAUGGCUGAGAAUGAGAAACUGCGUAACCGUGUCCAGCAGCUGAGUCAGGAGCUAGAUGCCUUGAGGGGUGUCUUUAGACAAAUCCCUGAAUCCGCCAGCCUGAGCAAGGGCUCUGGGGGAUGCAGCUGAGAGCUAGAAUUAGGAAGCAGAGAGUCAAACAGGACUGAGUUUUAAUUUUGGGUGGCCCCAAAACAAAGGAUUUGGUGAAAGUUGUUAAUUGCCCUAUCAGGUUUAGAGUGGCUGUCGUCAAAAAUAAACUUGACAUUAUUGAGUAGACUAUACGAAACUAAAUACAUGUUACGCUAACGUGUUGUAACACAGCAUAUGGCAUAGAAAUUGUAAUAAAACGCUGCCCUUGCAUUCAGUGACUCCUAUGCUGAUACAGUAAUAUAACCCAUAAUACAAUUAUUUUACCUUUUGUUUUUUUUAGUACACCAACAGGAAAAGGGAGAAUAGUUAGAUGGCUGCGUGCAGUGCCCAAAAGAAAUUAUUUUUUCAAAAUGUUCUUUUACAAAUAUCUUAAUUACCACCAUAUACGACUUUCGAGCAGUCUUUUAUAGUCUGUUAAUUAAAGUU